AAAGCAGCUUGCCCAUCCCUAAUAGAACAGUGCCUAAACCCUAAGAGCAGCCAGCAGAUCACUUCGAUCUCAUUUGCCUUCCAUGGAUUUCCGUACACUCAACCGGAGACAGCUACAAGCUCUGUGCAAGAAGAACAAGAUUCCGGCUAACCUCUCCAAUGUUGCUAUGGCGGACGCUCUCACAGCUCUUGAGUUUGUCGAUGGUAUUGAAGAGGUCAUGAGGCCAAUGGAAUCAGAGACUGCAAGUUCUGCAGUUGAAUUGCCUGAGGAGCCAGCUGUAAUGUCAAGUGCCCCUCGCACUGGUAGAAGAACUGCUAUUAGGAAUACUGCUAAGAAGGAAUCUGAAGUUUCCCAGACCAUGACUAGGACCAGCCGAUCAACAAGAAGAAUGCCGCCUGAUUGUUCAGAUGAAGCAAAGAAUGAGGUGUGUGAGACUCCAUCAGCACCAGCUAGCAGAAGAAGGGCAGCGGCAACUUCAGUUCGUCCAAAGAUGGAAAGCUUGCUGAAGGAAUGUCUAGACAGUGUGGAAGAUGGAGGGAAGACUUUGAAUGAGAAGAAUGAUGUUCCAAAGACACCAGGAACUUUGCUGACAAGCCGAAGGAGAGAGGUAGUGAAGGAGAGGAGUUCAGUCCGCCUCCCAGUAUAUAGCACUCGCAGGUCAGCGAGGUUAGCUGCUAAACAAUGUGGUUCGAGCACACAGGAAGCAUCAGAGAAUGUUUCAUACUGUGGUUCCUUUACCGUUGAAAAUGAUGAGGUUAUAGAUAUCAACUCCAAACUCCGCGCUCUUCAAUUGGAUGAAGAGCUAGAACAAGCUGAUUCAACAAGUGGCUCCUCGAGUGGAAUUGAGAGCCAGUGUUUGGCUAACAAGCAAUUGAAUAUUGUUGACAUGCACCAAAGCUCAGAAGAGUUUGCCACCGAGAAGACUGCUAAUGGGCUGGGCGAAUCUAUUGAUGCAACUGAAGAUUUAUCUUCUGACAUCAAGGAAUCAAAUGAUGUUAGAAUGGACUUGCAAGAAGGUGGCGAUGCUGAUCUUCAGCUUAGAUGCCAGGAGGUUGUUGGUGAUGGUACCAAGACUGUACCUGAAAAGUUGGACGAGUCUGAAGUGCCAUAUACUGGAGAAGUAUCUGAAUAUGUGGCAGAAAAUGCUGUUGCUCUAUAUGGUAGGGUGGAGAUUCUUGACUCAACAAGUGCCUUGACUGAAAAUGAGAAUCAAGGAUUGGUCAUCAAGGAAGUGAGUGCUGAUAUGCACCGGACUUCUGAAGAAUUUGCUAACAAGAUUAUUACUAAUGUUCUGGGUGAUAUAAACGAUACAAUUGAUUUUUCUGCUGAAAAGGAAUCAAAUGACGCUGAAAUGGAAGGUGAUGGUUUUCAGGAGGUUGUUGGUGAUUAUUUGACUACAUCCAAAAAGUUGGACGAUGAAGAUGAUAAGCAUGAAGUAUCAGCAAAUACUGUUGAAAUGCCUGAAUGCAUAGUAAAAACUGUUGAUGCACUCCGCACUUCGGAGGUUCAUGGUGACGAAGAUUUAACAAAUUCUGCCUGCUUGAGUGAGAAAGAGGGUCAAAAUUUGGUCAGCAAGGAAGUGAAUGUUGUUGAUACGCACCAAGGCUCGCAAGUCUCUGAAGAAUUAGGUAUCACCAAUGGGCUUAGUGAAAAUGAAUAUGACGAAUCUGCUGCUGGGAAGGAAUCAUCAAAACACGAAAUGGAAUUGCAAGAAAUUGCUGAUGAUGAGCAGCAGCCUAACAUUAAUGAAAUCUACUGUGACUAUAGCAAAAGAGAAGGAGACGAGGGGGAGGACGGCUGUGGUGAUGAAAUGUUGGAGCAAUUUGAUGGUGGUAAGAAUGAGACUGAGGAAGAGAAUACCAGCAGCAAUGAUAAAACCUCAGGUGAAGAUGAUGAUGAUGAUGAAAUGGUGGAGCAAUUUGAUGAUGGUGGUAAGAAUGAGACUGAGGAGGAGAAUACCAGCAGCAAUGAUGUAACCUCAGGUGAAGAUGAUGAUGAAAUGGUUAAGCUGCCAUCCAACAAACAGCAGUUGGCGACAAGUAAAAUGUUAGGGUAUCCAUCUGGUGGCCUGCAUCAGGAGGAGGGAAAGGGGGAGAGCAUAUAUGGUGGGGCUAAGUUUGAUCCACAAGAAGCAGAAUAUGAUGAGAAUGCUGAAAACAUUCUGCCUCCAGUUUCGGACAAUAAAGAGAACAAGAUUGAGACAACUAGUGGGGAGGACAUGAAUAUAAAUGCAGAAGCUCUUACUACAGAGAAGGAGAAGCCCACAAAGAAUGAGCAACCCAUUAAAGAUUUAAGCAUGAGAAAGCUGCGUAAGAUGUUGAAACAGUUUGAUCCUUUUCAUGAUAACCCCAAGGCAGAGGAAGUGAAAGAAGAAGAAGCUGCCAUUGCCUCCUCCCAUGCCAGAAACGGUAAGCAUAAGAAGUGGGGGAAAGGCGGGAAAAACGCUUUCACGGUCAGACCCGCCCUGCAGCAGGUCUCUGAGAACAGCUUGGCUGUUGGCAAUAGUUUCAAAAGCACAUCUCAAAGUUAAAGAAGAAGAUGAAGCAGAAGAUGUGAAACAAACAACACUUUACUUAUCAUAAAUUCUAAUAAUUGCAAUGUUUUAUUAUUUUCACUACGGGGAGGCAUUUCAAAAUGUUUUGAAGUGUGGUAAUCCCUAGAUUUUGCUAUUCGUAGGCCUGCUCGCCUAUCAAUAUGAAAUGUCAGUUUCUUACACAAUUUCUGGGCCUAGGCGCUAAUCAAUGAAGAAUUUGAAGAGUUUUGCACUAUGAAA